AUGCCAAAACCCUCGAAUCGUAGAACCGUUUGGAUCAGCCCACCGUGCCAAACCGGGGCACGCAUCCGUCUUCCCUCUAUCCUCGACGAUCUCGUCGUCCCUGGUAUCUUCGACAUCGACUGCAACGCAUCUCUCUGCGUGCCGCAAGCGCCCGACUUCUGGUUACGCCCGCUACUUCCGGGUGACUUCCACACGCUCGAAAAAUCGGAACACGUAAAGGAUAUGGUGGCCAUGUUCCAUGUUACUGGCAUACUCAUCUACGCCGACUCGGAUGGAGUCUCUGUAUACGGCGAAGACGUCUUCAGCAGGCUCGACGAGGCUAGGAGGCACUAUGAGGCGAUUUGAUAUGGUGCUUCAUUUUCAAACCGAUUCGUCUCUUAGUUGGCCUGGAGUAACGAACCAAAUGGGAUUGUUGUAUGAUUUGUCUAUGCCUAACAUGUAACAAUGUUAUCGACGUCGAAGUAAAUGGCACGUGCUAUGUUUUCCUCUAUCUGGAAGGCUCAAACAUGAAAACACCAUCAUUACUUCACAUAAUGCAUUUUGCCCACUGGCUUCGUUGUCGUGCACUGCUUUCCACUCGGCUGUCGUUCUAAGUGUUGUUGUAUACUAUUAUUGCAUGCCAUUCCCUCUAAAGCAUCUGGCGCGACUGCCAGCAGGAUUUUGAAACCAUGAGACGGGCAACUUGUACAUUUCCGGCGAUACCAGAGGGUUACAGCAAUAAACACUACAAUAUCAUGGCAUGUACUUCAACAGCAUUGAAACCAAACAACCAGCACGCGUCGUAGUCGAAACCGUGGCUUGCUUCACAAACACAUAACCCUAGGUUCCAGUCACCUCCUCCUCCUCCUCCUUUGACAUCAUCGAUCUUCCAAGCCUCCAUGCUGCCUACACGUGUUUCUUCUCUCAACAAACACCCCCAACGAGGAUGUUCGGUUUCAACCUGAGCAGGACGGAAGACUCGCCGAAGGACCCAGAACAGGUUUGGUCUCAGAACGCCAUUGACUAUCCAAGACGCCCGUUGGGGCUAUGCAGGAUUACAAUUUUGCCACCUUCCUCUCUCUCUCUCUCUCUCUCGCUAAAAACGAGAGACACGCCACAAGUCUUCUCGUCUUGCUUUUUCCUUUCGCCAACAGCGUUUUUUUCUCGUGUCCGGAAUCGACAAGUGACAGCUCAGUAGAUGA